AUGUGCGCAGACCCGUGGCACCAGACGUCGAUACUGCUGGGAUGUUCCGGACCCGGCUGCCCCACUGUAGGUGCUUUGUUCAAGAACCUCUUACAAGACCUGUGCUGGGACAGCUCUGGUGACCGACCUUCUUCCAUCGUCACCUCCAGGGUGCUGGUGCACGACCCGCGAACUCCUCCUGUGGUGAGGAUAGAGCCCAAGGUUCCUCCUGAUUGCCAUCGAAUGCGCUUCAACGCAGCCCUAGGCUGGAGAUGGCACAGAUUCACGCUGUCGCCGGGUAAGGUCCAGAUCCUUGUUCAAGGUCCCAUUCUUGUAUCGCAGACUUCUGGUGCUGGUCGAUGCCGCAGCGGGGCUCCGUCGCGCAGCCUCCAAGAGGCACAGCUGCAUGGCGACACGGUAAACCAGCCGCCGAAGUUCAUUAUCCCCACCAAUGACGGAGAAGAUGGAGUUGAAGUCAAGGCAAAGCCAUGGCACGAAGUUCAAGUCCAAUAUGCUCUGACCGAUCUGGGUCGGCCGGAUGGCAGCACCGGCGGCUUCUAUGGCCUGAUGAGACGAACGCGAUUCAUCAAACUGGAGGUCUUGCGGAGGUUGUUCGCAGAGGAUCCUGAUGGAGUGUAUCGUCCAGGGCUGGAAGGUGAUUUUCGAGACGAGACCCUGACACAGCCCUUGCACAAUGCAUUAGCGUCUUUGGAAUCUGCUCCCAGACCGCCAGGAUGGAACCCAGGCGAUGAUGCAGAUCUGCAUGUGCUGGAGGCAGAUUCCACAAUGCGGACGCGUAUGUUGCUUCAGUAUGAGAAGAACGAACUCAAGCGUGACAUUCUGUUUCUGAUGGGCCGCUUUGAACAGCGUGAGGGUCGUCUUCAAGUUCCGGGAAACAACGCUUCCGAUGACAUCCUG